AUGGAGGCCAGAAGAAGCGCGCUAGUUACAUGCUGUGAGAGGUGGUAUGUGAGAAAGGAAAUUCACUGGAAGCAGAUGUCUCGGUCUCAGCAUGUGAAGGAUAUGGACAAGAACACAAGGUAUUUCCACAGUAUAGUAUUGGCAAGAAGAAGAAAUAACAGGAUUGAUUCUUUGGUCGUUAAUGGCAGACUGGUAAAGAACCAAGCUAGAAUAAAAAUAGUUAUUAUAGAGUUUUACAAAGAACUAUAUCAUCAGGAAGAUUCUCCUGUGUUGGGAUUCAGAGAUGGUCUGGUGGAAAGAAUAGAGGAGGUGGACUCUAUAGCUUUGGAGACAUUGCCUUCGACCGAAGAGAUCAAAGAGGCAGUAUGGGAUUGUGAGUCAUCUAAGGAGCCAGGUUCUGAUGGAUACAACAUGAAUUUCAUCAAGAGAUGCUGA